AUGGAAGAGGAUGGCCUGACCCCGUCUCUACAGAAGACAGAGAUAGUGGUCCUUACAACCAAGAGGAUUGAGACAUGCAUUCAGCUUAAUGUGGAAGACGAGAUGAUACAGACCCAGAAGGCGGUCAAACAUCUCGGUAUCUAUAUGGAUACAAAGCUCACGUUGUGGGAGCAUAUCCAGAAGGCGGCGGAUAAGGUAGUGAAAACAACGACAGGCCUCAGCAGAUUAAUGGCGAACGUUGGUGGACCCAAGCCGAGCAAGCGCCGGCUAUUAAUGUCGGUCACCACGUCUAUCCUAUUGUACGGAACCGAAAUUUGGGCGGACGCACUCAGGAUCGAUAAGUACAGAAGACGCAUGGCAGGCGUGCAAAGAUUGGGAGUACAGCGAGUAGCCUGCUCGUACCGUACAGUCUCCGAGCCCGCGGUGCUGGUGAUCGCAGGAUAA